ACAAUAAUUAAGGUGCUUUUGCAUGGCAGACUCCAUUAAAUAGAAGUGACUGAUUUGUGUAGUACAAUAAUAGUUCUGUGUGUCCCUUCUGUCUUAAAAUAUUUUUCUGGAUUAUUAUACUAAAAAGGAAAACUAUUUUGAUAAAGCGAAUGCCAUUUCUGACCAUGUUUGGUAGAAUCUAACACGUCCAGUUAGAUUCACAAAUGUUUAGGACUGAGUAACUGUGUAUUACUCUGUCUCAAAUAAUUAUGUAGUUUAAGUUUUUAUUUUUUAUAUAAUUUGUAUUUCUUUUGUCCUAAAAUCAUUAUCCAGUUUACCACUUUUACUUUUAGUUCAUUUUGUACUAAAAAUAAAAAUAUUAAAUGGACAAUAAUUUUGGAGUCGGAUGGAGUAUUAAAUGACAAAAAGUCUAAACUGAAUAACACGGUGAACAUAAUGGGUUGAGUUGAUAUAAUCUUCACAAAGUAGAUAACUAAUCAAAUAAACAGAACUUAUGUUACAACUUACAAGUAAGAAGUGACUUGUGAUCCACUUUCUUCCGAAUGAAUUCGAGCCCAUAAGUCUGGAUCAGGGCCCAUCUGUUUGCUGGGCUUUCGUAGAGCAACAUAUGAAAACUCGCAACGCCUAAUCUUUCUAGUGGCCCGCUUUCACACGUUUCCCUCGCGCUUUCAGGUGAAAAAUCAUGGUUUUUGCCUACCAGAUUUCCGGCGACUAAAUCACCCACGGAGAUCCAGAGUGUCUCCACAAGAUUUCUUCACAGUGAAAGCAUAGGAGGAUUCUAUGGCUUCUUCAAAUUGGGUCCCUGUGAUUCUCCUAUUUGUAUUUUCAUAUACCUCUGCAGAAGUCGUCAGAAAUGAAGGAAGAGGAGAGGUUGGGAAAGGGUAUACAAAUCAACUUGGGGGCAGAGCUUUAAUGGGUUUUAAGGAGACCCCUAGUGGAGGAAAUAUUACCUAUGAAUGCUCACCUUCAGGACCCUGUAUCCCCUGUGCUUAUUCUGAAAAGAAUGAUGAAAAAUAUCGCUGCAGCGAAACUGGAUACCGCAUACCUUUGAAAUGUGUCGCAAUUGAAUCUGGAUCGAAGGAGGUAAAAGGCAAAAAAGAACCGAAGGGCCGAUCUACCUUGGAAAGCAUACAUUGCGAGGUUAAUCUGCUUGUAAAAUCAAAUGCUGCUGAAGGACAUGCUUCCUCUUUAACACGAAGGCAUCUGCUUGACGAGUCAUCUGGGUCAGAGGAUGGCAAACAAGCUUAUAUUACUUACAGAAGUUGUAUACCUGCAGUUAAUGAAGAAAGGUUUUCUGUCAUUGGUUUUGAGGUAAGUUAAAUGUAGUUUUCUUAAUUGGAAUAAUUGGACAUUACUCUGUAUGUUCUUCUUUUGAAAUCAGGUAAUGGCCGUGCUUGAUUCCUUAUAACAUUCUUGGAAAUUUCUUGAUCAACCUAACCUAGGAUGCUAUAGACCUGAAGGUUUAGGCUUAUUGAAUCUUUGGUUGUGUCUGUGUUAAAAUCUCUCUGAUAAAGAUAUUAUUCCUGUAUAUUAUUAUCUCAGAGUUUUAUGUUCCUCCUCAAAUGGGGUCUUAUGCAUAAAAGACUGCGGUUUAGUCCGAUACCAGAUAUCCCCAGCUUAUUAUUACCAGUUAAUAGAUUCUGUAGUUUAGAAAUGUCUGACAAAGCCUAUCAUUUUACUUUUUUUAAUGAUAACUUGUGUUAAUAUAAGUUUUCAUUGUGUUAUGACUAUAUUGUAUGGCAUCUAUAAGAUUUUCUUUGUCUGGCAUCAAUCAGAAUGGUUUAUUUUCUCUUUCCUUGAUGUAUUGGUGUUACACAAAUGUAAUAUGCUGCUGUUAUUUUCAGGCGCUGAUGUUAGGUUUGCUGCUUCUGAGUGGUUCAGCCAUGUAUUAUAGACGGAAAAGAGUCAAUGUAGUACCAGCUGGAGCAGUGAGAAUACCUACUUCUAGGUUUUAAGGCCAUGGUUUCUGACUACUUUCAAUCUGCCCUCAUUUGAAUAGGGAUGAAUACCACCACAUUUUACAUUUUCAACAGCUAAUUUUGUAUAUUGUUGCCUCUUUUGUCCCGCUGUUUGUCCCGCCUAUACUUUCAGAUCACCAUUCCAUCCUUCGGUUAUUACAUUAUUACGGUAUUCUGAAGGGAUAUCAAGGCAUUACUUACAACCUGAAAUGCAGGCCCAAGCUAUUCGCAAGGAGAUUGUAAGUUGGAGUAGUUCACUGGUACAAAUUACUUUACUUUCUUAACCUCGGAGUUCGAGGUUUUCAACAUAGAAACUAGAAAGUGGACAGCUACACACUGUAACGUAGACUGCAUCUGCUCAAGGACAAUGAUUUUGGUAAUAUAGAUUCUUUUCAUUUGGUUGAUGGCUUCUCUUUUGUAAACAAUUGGAGAUUUCCGAGGCUUCGUCUCUGUUUUAGCUUACUCAACUUUGUUACUGUUGUGGAAGAAUUCCUUUGACGAAAAUAUCAAUGGGUGUACUAUUUACAUGGAGUACAAAUUGUCACAUAAACAUUCCAUGAUCGCUGUUAAAAGUUGUUGCAGACUGAACUUGAUGUUGUAGUGCUUUCAAUCCGGUCCAAAGAACUGUUCCUGUGAAAGGCACGUCCAUAUUCCUACAAUCUUACGCCAUUGUCUCUGUAGCGCAAAUCCGUCUUCUUCUUUUGUGUUUAGCCCAUUUUUCUUUUUCCUUAAUUGGAUUCGAUUAUCGUAUAAUGUAAAUUUGUGUUUUCUGAAAUCUACCACCUAUAACGCGAG